AUGGUCGGAAAGAAGAGUGGAAAGGCUCUCCUCAGGGAGGAGGGCCUAGAGAGAACCGACAACAACAUGGAGUUGACAUCCUGGCCCCAGAUCACGGCUAUAAACCAGAAGAAUUAUUACACAGAAUAUCUCAAAAGAGAUGAGCAGAUUCUGGCUUUCCGAUCCCAGCAGGAGGAGGCCCGCCUCAAAAUGAUCAAACAGGCCAAGGACAGGGACAGAGCAUUGGCGCAGGGCAAGACUGUCGGUCCAGACGGGGACAUUGAAAUGGAGGAAGACGAGGAAGAGGCGGAAGAUGAAGGGGCCAGCGGCGCUAAGACCAUUGUCAUUCAUAUCGGAUCGCAAAACCUGCGGGUUGGCCUUGCCAGCGAUGCUCUUCCAAAGACAGUCCCAAUGGUCAUAGCACGGCGCGCCCCAAAGUCGGAAAGCGAAGAAGGAGACGGUGAACCGGCUCCGAAACGGGCGAAGCUGGACAAUGGAUUGCCUCCACCAGAACCAGAAAAGCGCUUUGGGGAGGACUUCGCGAAAAAGUUCUCCGGCAUGUCUCAUGACCUAAAAGUAAGGAUGAGAAUGAACAAGAGGAAGGUGUUGCCACAGUCGAGGGAUAUGGUGACCAGUUACAAUCGAAGAAGCACCUAUGAGACCAUCACAGAACAUAACGACACCAUGCGCAUCGACUGGACGGACACGGCUGGUGACGGAAAAGGUGCACCAGACUACAUCACCGGUAAGGCUGCUCUUCGCAUCCCCGAUCACUCGACACCUCGGUACAAAUUGUUCUGGCCCAUUCGCUUGGGAUGGGUCAAUGAGCGCGACUACGACUCGAAACGCUUGCUGUGGGAGGAUAUCCGGAUCAUUGUCGAAGAUGCCAUCAAAACCCAGCUCGAGCUCAAGGUCCGCACGCGCGCCGACUGGGGUCAAUAUAGCUGUGUCAUCGUCAUCCCAGACUAUUACGAAAGGACCUACGUCUCGAGUCUGCUUGACAUGGCGAUAUCAGACUUUGGUUUCGCACGUGUUUGUUUCAUCCAAGAAAGUCUGGCUGCUUCGUUUGGAGCAGGCUUCACCACGUGUUGCAUUAUCGACAUUGGCGCACAGAAGACCUCGAUCUCCUGCGUCGAGGAUGGGAUGGUCCUAGACAAUUCGCGGGUCAACUUGAAGUAUGGAGGCAGGGACAUCACCGAAGCGUUUGUGAAGAUGAUUAUCUAUAAUCAUUUUCCUUAUUCGGAGAUCAACCUAAAUCGCCGCUACGAUUUCCAGCUCGCAGAAGAGUUGAAGCAAAAGUUCUGUACCAUGAACGAGUCCGACAUAUCUGUGCAGUUGUAUGACUUUUACCUCCGAGCACCCGAUCAGGACACCAGAAAGUACACAUUCAAGAUCUACGACGAGGUGAUCCUUGCUCCGAUGGGACUGUUCAAACCUCACAUUUUCGACGACACGGGUAAAUUGGACGGACGCCGCAAGUUGGUUGACAAAUCUUACGACAUUUAUGACGGCAAGCCGAACGACCCAAGCUCAUCUGCACAAGCAGAGAUCUUGACCUCCAUUGCGCCUGAGGAGGUGCUGUCUUCCACCAUCAAAUCCAGCGCCAAAGCCAACGGGGUCACCAACGGCACCACCAACGGUACGAAAGAGGAGCCAUUCAGUGGCUCACGCCGCCCCUCAUUCAGUAAUAUCAAAGAAAUGGAUGCUACGCCGCAGCCGUCAAUCGCGAGCUCUCCGGCCCGCAACCUCGACGGGACGCCGCAACCCGACGAUCCUGACGUCGCUCGUCAGCGGGACGAGAAACCAAAAGUUGAAGAGGAGGAAGAAGAACCUGUCAGCAUUGAGAGACGUGACGACUUGCUGCCAAUAUACCCACUUCCCAAUGCCGUCGUGACGUCCAUAACACAUGCGGCGCGUGGCUCCGCCCAGAGAACAAGUGAUCUUCUUGGAGGCAUCAUGCUGACAGGUGGCACAAGCAUUAUUCCCGGGUUAGCGUCACAUCUUGAAGAGUCGCUCAAGGGUAUCCUACCUGGCUACAGCAAAGACAUCAUGAUCGGACGUCCACCAAGAGAGCUUGAUCCGCAGGUCGUGGUGUGGAAAGGCGGGGCAGUAUUUGGGCGAAUGAGUCGGACGAAUGACAGCUGGGUCAAUGGCUUCUUGUAUGAGAGGCUGGGAGAUCGCGUCCUUGCGCAUAAACUGAUGUGGGCUUGGUGA